CGACGGCAGCGCUGGCUGCCCCCGCUCCUCCUCUUCGGGCGGCCCGGCGGAUCCUGAGAGCGGCGCGGGAAAUCCCACGCUCGCCCCGCUAGAAGCUGAACCCGCGGCCGGGACGGCGGCUCCUCCUCCUGCUGCUGCUGCUGCUGCCCCGUCGCCGCGGAGCCCUAAAGCCGCCCGUUGCAAGAGGAUGGUGCGCCUGGCGGCCGAGCUGCUGCUCUUGCUGGGACUCCUCCUGUUGACCUUGCACAUCAGCGUCCUGCGGAGCAGCGAGCCCGACGGCGGCGCCGCGGCGGGCAACCAGAGCCAGCGGCAGCAGGACAUCCUCCAGAGUGAUAGUCUUUCAGCUCCUGAAACUUUGUUCACAUUAAAUCCAGGAGACAGACAAGAUUAUCACGACCAUCAAGCCGCACACAGAUCAUUUGCCAAGCAGCGAUUCAGGCCAGAGAAUAGGCGUACGUCUGUGCAAAGAGAUGGACCCAGGUCUUUUCUUCUAGAUCUACCGAAUUUUCCUGACCUCUCUAAAGCAGACAUCAAUGGGCAAAACCCAAAUAUUCAGUUUGCACAGUUGUUUCAGUGUCAGCAAGACAAGAAAACAUUUCAAAGGGUAGCCCAAGCAGCUGCCACUUUUGUGCUACCCAGCUGCCUUUUUAACUUGGUUGCCAAACCAGCAGCCAAACGCACCGCUGCACUCAAUAAUAUAGAAACCAUCAUCUCUGAUACCUUGCUGGAGAAACCCUCCAUCACCCGCAUGAGCAGCGGUGAUCAGGAUUAUAAAUAUGAUAGUACAACUGAAGACAGUAACUUCCUUAACCCACUUAGUGGCGCAUGGGACAGGCAUACACCUAGUCAUCGGACGUUUGAAUCAAAGGAACAGCCAGAAUAUGAUUACAUAGACGGUGAAGGAGACUGGAGCCCUUGGUCCAUUUGUAGCAUAACGUGUGGAAGUGGCAAUCAGAAGCGUACCCGAACCUGUGGAUAUGCCUGUACAGCCACUGAAUCGAGGACAUGCGACAGGCCAAACUGUCCAGGAAUCGAAGACACCUUCAGGACAGCAGCCACAGAAAUGAGUUUACUUGCGGGAAGCGAAGAAUUCAAUGCUACAAAACUGUUUGAAGUUGAUACUGACAGUUGUGAACGGUGGAUGAGCUGCAAAAGUGAGUUCUUGAAGAAGUACAUGCACAAAGUGGUCAACGACCUUCCCGCUUGCCCUUGCUCGUACCCCACAGAAGUUGCCUACAGUACCGCGGAUAUCUACGACCGGCUUAAGCGGAAGAACUUCCGCUGGAAAGAUGCAAGUGGGCCAAAGGAGAAGCUGGAGAUCUAUAAGCCGACAGCUCGCUAUUGUAUCCGGUCCAUGCUGUCCUUGGAGAGUACCACACUAGCAGCACAGCACUGCUGCUACGACGACAGCAUGCAGCUGAUUACGAGGGGCAAAGGCGCAGGCACUCCUAACCUGAUCAGCAUAGAAUUCUCCGCAGAACUCCAUUACAAAGUGGACAUUCUGCCCUGGAUCAUUUGCAAAGGGGACUGGAGCAGAUAUAAUGAAGCUCGGCCGCCUAAUAACGGCCAGAAAUGUACAGAGAAUCCUUCAGAGGAGGACUAUUACAGACAAUUUCAGGAAGCAAGGGAGUACUGAGGUGGGAAAAGGACUCAACCUCUUUGAAGGUCUACAAAAGGCAAAUGAUACAAUGGGACACAACGUUGAAUAAACUCUUAAGAAAUCAAGUUAAAAGUCUACCCACCCUAUUAAUCCUGUAUAGUUGUAAAGAAUAUGCAUUUUUUCAUAGGAGUGUGUUAUUUAUAUAAGCAUAUACAAAGGGCAAACUUUGCAAAUAGUCAUGAAGUUGUCAUCAUAGAUGUUUAUAUGGUGGUAUGCCUUGUGCACCAAUGUAAGAAUUGAUGCUUAACCACCAGGCUCGGCUUUUAAAAUUGUGCUCUGUGAUGGUUCUUAUCUGUGACUAGGCGUCAAAUCCAGGUCCUCCUGAAUUAUAUGAGGAAAACUCAGUUUUGGAUAGCUGAAGGAAAAGGCCUCAAUGCAUUUAAUCCUGAAUUGCCAACCCUGUACAUUUAGAAGGAACACUCCCUAGUGCAGAGAACUAUGUACCUAAUUGGAUUAUCUAAGUAUUGCAGUGGUGCUUAGGGCUGCAUCUGAUAGCAAGCUGUGGUUUUUAGUCAGAAGAGAGCACAGUAGCCAUGGGACCCACUACAGCAGGGAACAGAAUUCAACAUCAGAUUCCAUUGUGCUUCUGCAAAAGACAGGCUUCUGGUUAGCCCACGUCUUGUGGUCAGUUUCUGUGUGUUUUGAAAAAAACAUGUAAUGCUUAUAGGGUGCUUUUGACACAUUCAGAAGGCUUCUUCUUCCAGGGAACGCUUGAGCCCCACCUGGAUUUUCACUAAGUCAAAGCCAAGGAGCAAAAA